UCAUCAUCCAUGGUUGAGAACACAGUAGUAGAUCCUAGAUGAUACUAGUAGAUAUUCGUAGAUGCUAGUAGAUACCAGUAAUCGUUUGUCUCAGGAUUUGUGGAUGAAACCCAGUGGCCCAGUGGGUAGGUCUUUCUGCUGACAUGUUUUUCAUUGUUUUGCACCUGCCAUUCUCGAAGAUUUGGCUCAGACCCCCAUUCUUAGCUGCUCGCCGGAGUUACAAGCUUUGGUUGUUGGAAAAGACCCUUUGGAGUCCUUUUUCCAUGAGUACCAGAGUUGCUAUCAUCGGAGCUGGCCCAGCAGGCUUGGUGCUUGCGGCCACCUUGGCCAAGAAAUCUUCGGCAUUUUCCGUGAAAGUGUUCGAACAAGGUGCUGAUCACAAAGCUGCUGCGAGCUACGAUCCGAACCGAUCCUACACAAUUGACAUCACUGGUCAUGGUGCUUUGGCAGUGGAGGCUCUUGGUGCCACCGAGCUCUUCGACGAAAAGCUCAUUAAGUUCAAAGGUCUCCGAAUUCUCAUCACUGGUGAAGAUCAUUGGUUUGAUGGCAAUGGUUGGACCGGGUCACGGGGAGACAUUUGCAAAACCUUGCUUGGUGUCAUCGAUGAAGCGGCUUCUCCGAACGUAGAAGUGCUGUUUGACACCACGGCCGAGGUGUUAGACAUGAUGAAAGGCACUGUGCAGACCACUUCAAAGGCCGGAGAACGUGCGGUCCACGAGUUUGACGUUGUGGUUGGGGCAGAUGGAGCAGGAAGCAAACUGCGUGGUGUCAUGUCCAAACUUCCAAGUUUUGCCAUGAGCUCUAUCAACAUGGAGAACUACAGCAUCAUGCUCCACAUGGAUCAAAACACUUCCGAACUUGAUCCGGGGCUUCUGCACAUUUUCGGCACCGACCCCUUCCUGGUUGCCGGUGCAAUCAAUGGCAACGGUGGAAAGUCUGAUCCUUUGUGGUUUUGCCAGGUUGGCUUCAAAGGUCUCGACAAGGGAAAGUGGUUGCAAGAAGCUUCUUUGAAAGAUCUGAAGACCAAGUUGAAGAAGAGUGGCUGGCCCAAGAGCACCGACCUCCUUCGCUACGUGAGUGACAAGUCGCUGCAGGAAUUCCAGGCGCGAAUGCCUCAGGCGACGGGCAAAGGAAAGAUGGUUUCUCCGUGGUCCCAUGGGCGUUGUGUGCUGGUGGGCGAUGCCGGAGCUCCAUUCCCACCCAUUGGUCAAGGGGUGAACUGCGGAAUGCAAGGGGCCUUGGUUCUAGGCGAAGCGCUCGUGGAAGGACUUGCUCCCGGCUCUGGACCGUGUGAGGUGGCGGUGACCAAGGCAUUUCAAGCCUUCACCGAAAAGUGGAAGCCAGAAGCUGAUGCUGUCACCGACAUUUCUGCUUUGACGGAUGUGGGCAAGUUCACGAAUCCGCUAGAAGUUGCCAAAACACUUGUUCUCACAAAGAUCAAGUGCGGGGGAGUGCAGCUGGCAAAAGAUGCCACUGUCACAUAUCAAGAGGCUUUGGCAGCGCACAAAUCUGGUGUCAGGAUGCUUUGGCUCUUCGGCUUGCCCACUCUCGUGUCCGCUGGAGCAGUCAUGAUAUACCUGGCCCGCGAAGUCUCUUUAGCCGCCUUUGGGCUGCGACUCAUUCAAUGACUUGCAUUCAAUGACUUGCAUUCAAUGACUUGCAUUCAAUGACUUGCAUCUGGUUGCAGAGAGCAAGAUCUGUCUUAUAUACAUGGGCACUGCAUAGGCUCUGCUCCUUGACCUCAGAUGGUCUAAGAUGAUCUGCGGCCAAAAAUCCUUUGUGAGGCAUCGCUGGGCCAUCUGGCGUUCAAGCAAUAAGAACUUAAC